AACGAAAAGGCGGGAACACAACACAAACAUUCACAGAGAGGUGCGUUCAUUCACAAAACACGCAUUCAACCUGAAGCGAGCAUGUUAGAAGAGUGCAGGUGCUGCAUGAAAGCAGGAUGUGGGAGCAGAGACAUAUCAUAAAGUGAAAAAUAUUUGAACUAGCAAAGCAAGAAAUCCUAUAAAUUGAAAUUGAAAGCAAAAGACAUAAUCAAACAAAUCAAAAACACAAACUUCAAACAAAUAAAUUAAUAAUAAUCAACAGCAGCAGCAGCCGGAAAUCAUAAAUUGAAAGAUGUUAAGCAUCAAGAACAACUUCAUAUAUUACCGAGCCCUCAUCAGUGAUUUAAAUUUCAAGCAUCUUAGUUUCUAAGGAGUCCAUCUGAGAAGUGAAUAGAAGAAGAAGAAGAAGGGAAGUGAAGUGAGGAAGAAGCAGAAGUAGAAGAAGAAGCAGAAGGAGCUUCCAAGGCGACAAACUUAUCCAAGUUCUACACAGCAGUCUCUCCUCGCGUCUUUUUGCUCUUUCGCUCUGCAACUGCGUCUCUGUCGCUGCGCUGCGCUGUCGUAUCGCUGAGCUUAGCAUGGAUACGAAGCUGGAUGCACGUGGCCAGUGCCAGGGCCAAAGUCAGAGCCAGAGCCAGAGUCAGAGUCAUGGGCAGGGACAAGGCCAGGCGAUGGGCCAAUUUCCGGCAUCGUUUCCCGAAACGUUCAAGAACUUCUUUGAACUGAUGAACGAAGACGAGGAUCACGUGGAGCUCUUUGCCAAUCUGCUCGAGGAUAAGGUGAUUCCACGCAGCAGCAAUUCAAUGUACACACAGCGCCAACGUUGCGGCGGCAGCUUGCGCAGCCAGAGCAGUCACAACAGUCGAGCGAGUGGAGCAAGUGGCAACCAGACGAGUUCGCAGCUUCGUCACCAUCUCCAGCAACGUCAGCAGCAGCAACAGCAGCAGCAGCAGCAUCCACAUCCUCAUGGAGCUGCUCGCAGUCGCAGCGGCAGCAGCAAUGAUGUCAGUCUUACCAUGGCCAUGGCCACCAGCUCGGAGCACGCGACGGGAACCGGAGUGAAUGGCACUGCGAGUCGAUCGAAUUCUUUGGGCAUGACGCGCAGUGCUCGCAACUCGUUCAGCUCGAGCAGCACGGGCAUCAAUCGCGUCGGCUUCUGUGGCAUCAUCUCCAACGGCAGCACCAACAGCAGCGGCAGCAUGUUAAAUCUGCAACUAGAGCAAGUGCAGCUGGCUCAUGGUCAUGCUCAGGUUCAUGGUCACGGUCUUGGUCUGGGUCAAUCGCAUGGACAUCAUGGCGAUCGCAGUUGUGGCGGCUCGCUGGGCAGCAGCGGCAACUUGCUUUGCAAGCACAUCAAAUACUGUUGCCUGCAUCAGCCGGCGGAUAAUCAGCGGCUUGGCUCUGCCCUCGACAUCAACAACGCCCAACACCAACAGCAUCAGCAACACCAGCAGCAACAACAACAACAACAACAGCAGCAGCAGCAGCAGCAGCAGGAGUUGGAGCUACAGCUGCAUCAGAUGCGUCUUGGCCCUGAUGGCGAGGAUAAUGGAGGACGCAUGCCGGCAAAUUUCAUUGCACGCGUUGCCGACGGUUCCAGGGAUCGCCAGCAGCGUCAUUCGGUCAUCCUUGAGCGCGCUUUUGAUUUCGACACCAGUUGCGAUGAGAGCGAUGGCAUGAGCUGCGGCAGCACUCCGUGUCCUGUUCCCUCUCCCGCACCACAUCAGCCGGCCUACAACGUGCUCAAGCCGAUCCUCAAGCAGCCCCAGCAACAUCAACAACAUCAGCAGCAACAGCAGCAACAGCAGCAGCAGCAGCAACAACAGCUGGGCUCCACAUUGAGUUCGGUUGCUGUGGCAGCAACAGCUGCGGUUGCAGCUCCGGGGCAUGUGCAUCGUUUGUUGCCCACGCCGCCGACUCACAGUGGACUCGGAGCAUUCCAUACUCGGGAGACGGCAUUGCAGCGUAUCCAGCAGCAGAGCGGCUUCGCCGCCUUGGCCAACGCACGCGUCGUGUAUCCGAAUGUUGCAGCUGCGAGUGGCAACUACAACAUGCAGCAGUCGCAACAGCAGCAGCAACAACAGCAAAUGGGAGACUACAGCAUGACUUAUGAUUGGGGGCAGGAGCAACAGCCGGAUCGGAAUCAGGAGAGCGAAUGGGAUCAGGAGAUGAACGCGGCGCCGGCAUCAACUCGUUCCAGCUAUAGCGAAUUUCUUAACGGCGCAUCCGCAUCCGGUUCAAAUUCCAAUUGCAAUUCCGUUUCCGCUGCUGCUGCGAGUCGCCAACAAAAUCUGCGCGCCUCGAAGUCGCCCAUUUUGAACCGGCGUCGCUCCUCGUCGAUUGCGUCCAACUACGAUUUGGGCUUGGGCUUCAGUCGCAACAGCAUUGGCGGUCUUCCGAUUCCAGGCGAUGCCGAGGAGUUGUUUCGCAUCGCGCACAACAGCACCAGAGAUCGCAUGUCCUUGCCCAAAUCGCCGCUGGGUCGGGGCCUCGAGGGCAGCAGUGUGCUCACCUUUCAACAGGCCAUGUCCGGCGCGGUGUCGCCACAGUAUGCGGCGACUGGAGCGGCAGCGUCAGUGACAGCGGGAACAAUUGCUGGAGGUCCCUCCACCUCAGCAGCUGCAGCAGCAGCGGCACAGUUGGCUAUCGAUGAGCCGAUGGAUAGACGCCUGCUGGGCUCCAGUAAUGCGCUGGCUGCUGUCGUCGAGGACACAACAACGAGUGGACCCGAAGCCACCGACGACUCGCCCACAGCGGACAACAGCAGCGAUGACAACGGAAUCGACGACGACGACGAUGAUGACGACGAGAUGCCCAUGGCAACAAAGAAGCACUUGUCAGGUGGCUCCGCCUCCACAUCGGCGGCUGCUGUCGCGGCGAUGGCUGCUGCGGCUGCCCUGCACAGCAGCUUGCAGCGAGAACGAGGCGUUGGCGAGUCCUCUUCAGCAACAUCGACGGGCGGUCCGCUUCAGCAGCCACACGCAAAUGGGAGCAACCACAGUUCGGCCAACAAUACAGCAGCAGCAGCGCGUCAGCGUCUGAGAACCUCAAGCAUGCCGGCUGAGAGUCGCAAGCCCCGUUUGGCGGAGACGCGUCGCUCGGCGAUUCAUUGCGGCGCCGAUGUGGAUAUGGAUUAUUAUCGAUUGCGCAGUUUCAGCAUCACAUCGCACGGCGUUUGUAAUUUGGGCGAUUCAUUACGCAGUCGAAGGUCACGUUCGAUCAACUCUGUGACAUCGGCGGGCACUUCGCACAGCGGCGUCGAUCGCCACAAUAGCAACGCGUCACGCGCUUCGGGCGAUAUGCUGGUGGAGGGGGUGGAUCCCUCGCUUGCCCUGCAGCCUCAAAAAUUGCAUGGACAGCAGCAGCAGCAGAAUGGAGGAGGCGAACACAUUCCAGCGUACAAAAUCGCCAUGCUGGGCGCAUCGGGGGUGGGAAAGACAACGCUCACGUAUCAGUUCACAACAUCGGACUACAUUUGCGCCUAUGAUUUAAGCCUGGAUGAUGACUACGGACAGAAGACGGUGUCGGUGCUGGUCGAUAAUAUUGAGACGGAUUUGGAAAUUAUUGAUCAUCCUGCUUGCGAAAUGUCCACAGAGGCAUUCUGUGCGACGUACAACAUCGAUCUGUUUGUCGUUGUCUACUCGGUGGUGGAUCGAGGGGCGUACAAGUUCGCGGAGAAGGUGCUGCAGUACCUCAAGGAGAACGAUAUGCUUUUGACACGCGGCGCCAUUCUCGUGGGCAACAAGACGGACUUGGAGCGACAUCGCGAAGUCUCCCGACAACUGGGUCGCAAGCUGGCCAAAGAGAUAGCGUGCAAAUUCAUUGAGACAUCGUCGGGAUUGGAUCACAAUGUGGACGAGCUGCUCGUGGGAAUUGUGGCGCAGGUGAAACUCAAUCCGCAGCGCAUUCGAUUGCUCAGUGAUCGGGAUCGUCGUCGCUUGAAUCUGCAGAGCACAAUCCAGAAUCAUCGCAGGAUGCAUUUGCCCACCAGGCGAAUGGUGCGUCAGAUGAGCAUCUACCAAGCGGAUGGCGUGGAUGACAACGAUGACGAUGACGAUAACAACGAUAACCAACACAACGGUGAGGUGGCAAAUCCCUUGCCAAGCUCUUCGGGUGCCGGAGGACGCAGUCAGCAGGUGCGAAAGGCGAAUCGACGGACUCUCAACCUGGAGAGCAUACUGAAGAUGGGGGAGAGUGAGCUGGAGGAUGAGGAGAGCGAUCGCCAUUUGCCUGGUUAUGUGAAUGGACGAAGCAAGUUCGAGAUGCUCGCCGCUGGCAUACAACAACAACAACAGCAACAGCAACAACAACAAUCCUCGAACUUCGAUGGUCCCUCCACUUCAGCGGCAGCUGCAGCCGCUGCUGCUGCAUCUGCAUCUGCUUCGAGCUUGCAACAACGUCGCAAUAAUGCGCAGCCUUGGCAUCACAAUGGAACCUACCACGAUGACGAUGACGAUGAUGAUGACGACGACGACGACGAUGAUGAUGUUAAUGGAGUUCGUGUUGGCGUCGAUGACUCCGAUGACGAUGACGAUGACGACGAUGACUCGAACAAGGCGAUCGAUUGCAAUCGCAAAGUCGUCACCAAGCUGACGGCGCGCACCAAAAUAUUUCUGUCAUCGGUGUUGCGCUUCAAGAAGAACAUGAAGCGACGCAACUCCUCCAGCUGCAGCGAUCUCUUUGUCAUCUAAACAGGGAGUGUGUGUGUGUGUGUGUGUGGAGUGUGAAUCAAACUGAAUGUGCAGCUGGAUGAGUACUUUUAGUCAGGCACUGUGAAGCUACGGCUUGCCGAGCUACAUACAACAUCUCAUAUUUUGAGAUCUUUUCCUGAUUCCUGAUUCCCACCCCGAUCGAUGU